UUAGACUGGAAUAUGUAUCACUUUAUUUCUUCUAAUGAAAGAAGCUGGGUCUCAGAGAAGGAGAACGCAGGAUGAUCAGCUUUAGAACAAUUUGUUUUACUUACUUGAAUGGCAAAAAAACUUUCGUUAAGUUUGUUACCAAGUUUUCUUCCUUUUUCUUAAAUAAUUUCUGCCUCUGUGAAGUUCUCCAUUUAUAAGUAUUUGUAUUUCAGGAAUCUUUCUGAAAGUUUCUGUUAAAUUACAGCUAAAUUCCAGACUGGAAGUUGGGCAAUUUUUGAAAGCACAUGUUUAAGAUAGUAAAUAUAAAAUAGUUUUAAUGAACUAAUUCAGUAGCUUUUUAUUAAUUACCUUAAAAAUGUAAUUUUUAUUAAAAGAAUAAGCCUGAGUACUUCAUAUACAUAAUACUUUAACUUUGUGAUUCUAUAGCUCUUCUGCAGAAUUCUUAAUCUUGAUGUAGUUGCAUAUAAGAGCAACCUUUUAAAAAUUGGCAUUAUACUUCCAGUUUACAUAUAAUUUGAUUUUUUCAUAUGGAAGGAAUCUUUUUAAUAGGGCAAUAGAAAUGUAAAUUUAAAAAUGCAUUUAAAUGGGUUGCUGCAUUUAAUAGUGACUUUAAUAAUUCUGCAGAUCUCAUGCAUUUUUAGAAAAAUUUUUCUUUCAAUUCAGAAAUGUAUUUUCUUUCAAUUAAUGCAUCAAUAGAAUAUUUGUGGUGCCAUCAGAAUGAAUGACAUAUUCUGGUAGUUAUUUUAAAUGUAAGAACAGAAUGUAUGUUCAGAAACAGCAUUAAGAACAGCUCUGCUAAGUCCAAAAAUCUGAGUAGAUCAUAUGUUGCUGUAUGACUUAGAAAUAUUUUAAAUAAUUAAAAGGCAGACUAAAGUUAUAUUACUAAAAAGAAACAUGAAAUUAUAUGGAUGCUGCCUUUUCAACCCUUAUUUAGUUUAAAAAUAUUUUUACAAUAUUGCUCCUGGGGACUAAGUUCAGUGGGAAAGGAUGUAACGAGUACUCCACAGGCUUCAGUUCUCAGCUGUGCAGGAGCAUACACAAAACGAGUUGCUGCAGUUAGAGGGAAAUGAAAUGCAGAUUAUAUGCUUAGCACAAGCCUCCCAGCAGGAAUGGUUAAGGGUACCAUUCGUUCCAGAGAGACCUGAAGAGGUCUGGCUCCAGCUACAGCCUUAUUGUUGCUAAGGGGACAGUGUUUGUCAAGCACUUUCUUUUGUUGCUAGACACUGUCGUCUUCCUCUACAGAGAUCAGUUGCACCUCCUUUACAUGCAGAGCAGCUACACAAAAGUACUUCAGUGCAAUCCAGGGGUGGCAGCUUGAGCAAACCAGGUUACAGGUGGGAGGGCAGAGCAGCCCAGCACGGAAGCAGAGAGUGCACUAAAGGCAAUUAGAGGCAGAUGAAGAGUGAGAGCGAAGGAAGCUGUUUCAUGGCAACAGGAGUGGCUUUGUCAAGGUUAGCCAAGAACAGCAACUAUGGGUAGGUUUGGCCAGGGCUAGUCAAUAAACCAGGACUGGCAUACAUACUGUGGGUAACUAACUCUGUAAAGCACCUCAUGAAUCUCUCAUGAAUCUGAAUCCCCUUCCUUAGGAGCGUGAUUAACUCCCUGUGCUGACACCACCACCUAUGCAUGCACCACUUUUCCAAGCUGCCUGGGCCACAGGGAAGAGAAUCUCUCCCACUCUUGGAUUCACAGUUCCAGCUGGUGAGCAACCAGCUUUAAGAACACUCUGACAGGAAAACUCUGUACCGUUCAAGCAAUCUGAGAUUUAAAUGUUUUAAUAACCAACACUGUGACAGCUUUAACUCUGCCUCUAUCUAUGCUGUGGUUUUACAGCUUGUGGCAGUUCAGUCUCUGUUCACACCAUUUGCAGCCUCUCCUCUCUAUCAGAUGAGGCUGUGACAGCAAGGUCAUUCAUUUUAUGCUGGCAUGAACCAGGCCAAUAGGCUGUUAGCAUCCAGGACCUUGUUCUUUCUAAAAAUAGCCCUUCAGGAGAACUGGAUCAUAUCUUUCAAUCCCUUUUUAAUAUUUUAAGUAUGAAUAAUGGAGAUUGAAUUUAAUUUUGUUCCACGGUGUUACCUUUGAUGGCUUUUUGAUGAAGAUGAUUUUUUCCAUCAAAAAAUUAGGUGUGGCUUUCUGAAUGGCUGGCUGUUCAUACUAUGUAUGUGCCUGUUUUCAUAUUACUAUUUUAUACUAUGUCUUCUCUAAUUAGAUGUACACAUAGCUCUUCUGUAAGAAAGCACAUUAAUCCCCAUCCAUUUGUGUGUUGAGAUACAUGUGAUACCUGUUUUGCAAGAACACAGGGUUUUUUUGUUGGAAAUUUGCAUUAAAAUGCAUGCUUUUUUUUUUUAAGUGUAGCUGGAGUUGUGAAGGCCAUUUGCUGGGCUUUGAGAUUCCUACUGUUAGUUCCCAAGCAUAUUAGGGUUAUGUGAACAUGUUCUCUUUCUCAAAUGUGUCUACCUGGGAAAGCUGAGAGAAGCCUCAGCUUAGGAACAGUUGGUCAAGUUCAUCAAGAUACCAGAAAUAUUUAGGUUCCUUCCAGUUUCAGGGAAACUAACUUCUGUGUAGAGGAAAGACAAUGAAACUAGUACUCUCAUUGCAGGAAAGGUCAGGAGAAUGAAGCAAUUGUGACAUUUCAGCAUUUGUACCUUGCAUUGACAGCUUCUCAGCCAUUCAAACAGCCUGUGCAAAGCUCUGGAAUAAUUGCAGAUAUCCUGUUAACACUGGGAAUGUAGCAGAGGAUAACAUGGGAAUAACCUAGAGAUGUCCCACUGGGGAGGCAUUAUCAUCCCUGUACUCAAUACACUAAUAUCAUCAGAAAGAUGGCCAGCUACAAAAACUGUAAGGAAAGCUUUGGGGCUUGAACACUUGCUAGGAGCAGGAGAGCUGAGGAAAAGGGAUGGAAGGAAGAGGAAGAACAGCAAAUCAUUAGGGUAUUUGAGGUGGAGAACAAAUUUGAGAAAACACAUUGAUUUUUCUACAUGACAAAAGAUUUCUGAAGGCUGUGAGGCUGAAGGGGAUUAAUGCUUCCAGGAUUUGAAUGGUGACUAAACAUUUGGCAGAAAGAUGAUACUGGUACAAAAGGUGGAGAACGAACUUGUGGUGUACAUGAACUGAUCUGCAUCAGAAAAGUAUCUCCGGAAGCAAUUGGAUUCCUGUCUGCAGUCGGGGUGUUCAUUAUUCUCAUGCUGCUACUUUUCCUAUACAUUAAUAAGAAGAUGUGUAUUGAAAAUGUUAGUGGUUUCCCAGAUCUCGAUUCAGGAUACACUACAAGAAAGAAUUCACAAGAUAAACUUUACAAUUCUUAUAUGAGUAAAGACCAGCAUGGUUCAUCAUCUGAGAGUGAAGAUGAAGCACUGGGUAAAUAUCAUGAGGCCUUGUCUAGAACCCAGAGUUCCAGGCUGCCAGUGGUGGAUGGCAGACAGCAAAAAAACUAUAUAUGGGAAACCAGACAAAAAUAUAGUCCCCUGUCUGCAGAAUAUGAUGGAUACAGUAGUGAAGCCUCAAUAGAUGAAGCGAACUGCAUUCAGAGGAUGAGAAGAACACCUCCGCUGGAUGAACUGCAGCCGCCUCCGUACCAGGAUGACAGUGGCUCUCCUCAUCUUUCCUGUACGCCUUCCGAAGUUGGAGACAGCAAAUGUGAAUAUUCCCAGUGUAGCAACAGCCCAAGAUGUUCAUAUAAGUGCCCAAGUGAGGGGAGCACGGGACACGAAAUAGAAAGCUUUCAUAACAAAGGAUAUGAAGAGGAUGUUCCAAGUGACAGCACAGCGGUUCUGAGUCCAGAGGAUAUGUCAGCUCGAGGAUCAUCUUCACAGCUUCCUAAACCUUUUGAUCCUGAGCCAGUAGCUAAAUAUGGCACACUGGAUGUGACUUUUGACUAUGACUCACAGGAACAGAAGCUUUUGGUGACAGUGACAGCUGUCACAGACAUUCCAACAUACAGCAGGGCAGGUGGAAGCUCGUGGCAAGUACACCUAGUUCUUCUCCCUAUAAAGAAGCAGAGAGCAAAAACCAGCAUCCAGCGGGGACCAUGCCCUGUCUUCACAGAGACAUUCAAAUUUAAUCACGUCGAGUCUGAGAUGAUUGGGAAUUAUGCAGUUCGCUUCCGACUGUACAGCGUACGGCGCAUGAAAAAGGAGAGGAUUGUGGGAGAAAAGAUUUUUUACUUGACAAAAUUGAAUCUUCAAGGGAAGAUGUCAGUGCCAGUGAUACUGGAACCUUCUUACAGUCUGCCUGGUUGUGACUCUCAAAUGAGCAUGUCAGAAGUGUCCUGCAGUGAAAGUACCUCCUCUUGUCAGUCACUGGUACAUGGCUCAGCUCCAGAAAUCCUCAUUGGCCUCCUUUAUAAUGCUACAACUGGAAGAUUAUCAGCAGAAGUGAUAAAAGGCAGCCACUUCAAAAACUUGGCAGCGAACAGACCACCCAACGGACUGUUCUGUUGUCUAAAACACUUGAUAGGUGGACAGGUUUAUAUAAUCCGAGAUACAUAUGUUAAGUUAACACUGCUGAACUCCAUGGGGCAGGAGAUGUCCAAAUGCAAAACUUCGAUCCGCCGAGGGCAGCCGAACCCCGUGUACAAGGAAACCUUCGUCUUCCAGGUGGCUCUGUUCCAGCUCUCGGACGUGACGCUCAUCCUCUCCGUGUACAAUAAGCGCAGCAUGAAGCGGAAAGAGAUGAUAGGCUGGAUUUCCUUAGGUCUCAACAGCUCAGGAGAAGAUGAACUCAACCACUGGACUGAAAUGAAGGAAUCUAAAGGACAGCAAGUGUGUAGAUGGCAUACUUUACUGGAAUCGUAAUGGAUGGUAGAAAGUGCAGCCGUGGUUCUAAGGGAGCUUGUUCUCCUGGAAGAUGAUCAUCCCUGGUCACAUCAGCAGAUUCGCUGUGGGAGUAAAAAGUGGAAAUUGCGGUCAACAUUCCAUCGUAAAGGAUGCACAACCUGCAAAAUGGUGGGAUUUAAUAUAGAAUCUUCACUUGGUGUCAUGAACUUCCUUGGUGUCAGAGGAUCUUUGCUGAACACAGAUACGAUAGCGAUCCCUUCCCCAUCCACCUGACAGUGUAUUUGUUUGGGUUUGUUUUGUGGUUUUCAAUUCAGAAACAUUUUGUGAGAGGUUCUCCAAAUUAAUGUAAACUCCUCCUUGUGUACCUUUUGUAUUGCUUUAAUACUGUAGCUUCUGACCUGCCUGCAUUCAGAUUAAAGGUCAAUAGUUUGCACUUUGAGAAAAAGUUAAUGGUCUGUAAAGCAAAAGCAAAAAAAAGAAAAAACACUGGUGAAAGAACACUUAAUAAUAUAGCAAAUAGAAAUAUACUGUUGUUUUGCACUGAGUUUCUUUCCAGGAGCUUGGUAAAGUAGGUUUUCACUUUUUGAUAUGCAGUUGGUUUGAAAAAUACUGGCAUUUGGGCAUCAGGUGAGCUUUGACAUCAAACUAAUGUUUCUUCAAUCUGUGACAGGAACAAGCUCGAUAUAUGGCAAAAAAUGGGGUUUUCCCUCUUGCCUGUACUUCUGCCUAAUCCAAAGAGACCAGAUCAUCAGUUUGGUCCCUUCCAAAACUCCUUAGACAGGUUGUACUGUAAAACUAUGUAACUUUCUGUUGAAAGCACUUCCUCUAUUCAUGUAUUCCAAUGUAGGAAGCUCAUAGAGCACGACUUUACUAAAAUAUAUUUUCAUUAAACAAAUUGAUACAGGUUUGUUUAAAAUGUCAGCAGUUGUAAGUUAGGUUGGAAGACUGUGAAGGAAGUAGCAGCAGUUGAACUACUACGAAUGAGUGCAAAAUACUAUGGCUUUGCUUGAAACAGGUAUCCAUUCAGGUCUCUUGUGAGCUGUUUUAGGCAUUACCAUAUGCUGUUUGUUGGAAGUAGAGAACAGACCAGGGGUUUUUACCUUUCUUCUUGAAGAAGAGAACAUCAGUAAGUUAUUUUUCUAGUGAUUUGCCAGCAACUGAAUGAAUGUUCACACAAAAUAGAAGUUUGAUUUGCUUAUGUUCAGGUUGGGAAACACAGCUUUCUAAUGAUGCAGUUGUGAAGCUGCACUAUCACCAGAUAAACACUCAUGGCAUCCACCAAAACUGGGGAAAUACCAGUGCUUCUGAGGUUCCUAUUUGUCCCAAAGCCUUUAGCUGGACUCACACUAAUUUAUUGACAGCUGAAUCUAAUUAAUAUUACUAAAAAUAUGCAUUACUGAAUAAAUGUCUUUUUAAAAAGCUUCCCAAUUUAAAUAUUCUUUCUGCUUAUAAUUACAAGUUUUGUUUAUUUUUAAUUGUUCCUGUAAAGAAAACAAGCAAUUUCUUUUUUCUUAUAAAUGGAAGUGAUGUCUUACUAAUAUGAGACCUCAUUCACUGUUCUAGCACUUGGUGGGUUGCAGAGUAAGUGUUGGAUUUUGUUGAGACUAUUGGUGUUAGUCUCAAGUGUUCUCAUUAAGACAGAUUUGUUCCUCUUGAAUUCCUUUAUAAUACCUUUGAACAAUCUUGGCUUUGGGGUAUACAGACAGUCAAGUACAACGAGACUGGGGAUGGUGCGUAUGCUGUAAUAAAGAUAUUUCACGUGGUUCUCAAACUCUCUCACUAUUUAACAAUUUCAUUAAGUCCUUUUUAAAGGAUUUUAUAAUUCGACAUCUUGGUUUAUUUCGUGUCGUUAGAGUGAUUUAUUUGCAGAGCCAGGCUUUCAGUUUUUGUUGAUUUGAAGAUUUAAACAUUAUUACAGACCUUUGGUUUUUGGGGUUUUUUCUUCCUGAUAUUGCACUGCUGCUUCAUUUACAGAAGCUUUAUUUACUAAAUACAAAUAAUGCAAAAACUUUCUUUUUUAACAGGAAUGGUCUUGCAGUAAUACAAUGCAGGUUGUCUCUCUCAGUCACUUUUGUUAGUCCAGUUAGAGAAAUGUAAUGUUGAGUGUAGAAUUUAAUACAAAAUCAGCAUUAAUUUAAUAUGCAUAAGGAAAAUGCUCAAAUUUUCACAAUCUUUUCAGCUUUCCAUAUAAUAGAAGCAAUGACGUAGAAGCUGUUGUGAAGCAGUUUUUCACUGGAUGUUGAAGUGGUUUUAUCUAUUCUGUUUGUGGAUAUUUAGAUGCUCUUUCCUAAAACUGAAAAUUGUCUCUUGAUGGUUGUCUCUUUGUACAGCUUUUUUUAUUUAAAAUAAUGUACAAUAUUGAACAGCAAGAACUGGGUCAAUAUCCACAGGUAAUUCCAGUGGAGAACAUACUUGAUAUCAUCACAGAACAAAUGAAGAAGUCAGUUUGGAAGGUGCAGCAAAUAACCUCCUACAGAACCAAACUAAACAAAACUGUGUCAUGAUUUGGGUUUCUGUUUGUAGGUUGCAUUGCUUCAGCUUUGCAUUUUACCAUUUAGAUUUCCAAGGCACUGAAAUCUUAAUUGAGGCACAACAGAGAUUUAUGGUGCUCUGCGGUGGGCUCAUUUGGGAAGAGGAAUGUCUCUCUAGGACUUUUUCUAAAGUAUCUGGGACCAGUCUGUGCUUCACAGAAGAAGGAUUGGUUUACUUGGAUGUAUACUGAACAGAGGCUAGAAACAGAAUGUUUAAAGAAUGGAAAUGAAUGUUUAAUUUUGACACAGUAGAGCAUGGAUUUGCUGUGCAAAACCGAUCACAUCAAUAAUUGGAUUCACUUGGGAUUUUUGUGAGUUAAUUGUAGUACCAAUAGUUGUCAUGUUGUUUUUUUCUUCCUAGAACCUAUUCUUAUGAUUUGAUUUGUAAUUUUGUUUUUCAUUGCUUAUGCAAAGCUACACCUUUGUAUUUGAAAUCUGCCUUCAUCUGUUGUGGGUUUUUUAAACCCUACAUAAGGGCUUGCACACAUAGUGUGGUUUUGUCCAUUCAGUUAGGUCUUAAGCAUGGAACAGAAUUGCUGAAGAACUAAGUAUCAGUAACAAAUUAGAGGCACUUGUAUAUUUCCCGGAGCUGACUGUGUUUUUUUCAUAGCUUUUUGUUGUUUGCCUUUGUUCAAAAGUACAGUAAGUACUUGAAAAAAUGUAUCAAAUUAGUUACUUUUCUAUGUGCCAGCAAACCAUGUAGAAAUCGCAGAUCUUGAAUUGAAUCUGUUUCCUGUCAGUGUAGCCUUAAAUAAUUGUAGAACAGUGACGUUCCUACAGAUUCUAUUCUGGGAAGUAUUGCAUCCUUUCUAUAUAUGAUCUGUUUGGUUUAGUGCUUACAACAUUUCACAUAGGUCCUCCUAAAGUAGUAUAAAUGUGAAAAAGUUGGACAGUUCCUUUCUGUUAAGGGCAAGGCUGUGAAGGGCAGGACAGGCAAGCGUGGAAUGAGUGCACCGAAGGAGGAGAGGUUGUGCAGUGCCUGCAGGACAUCGCUGUCUCCCACACCCUGUGGAGCAGGAGGGCAGCAGAGCCAUCCUGCUGCUCCUGCUCAGCCAGGGGCACAGGGAGCCAGGGGAGCCCUGGAAAGAUGCAAAGCUUGGUCUCUGUGCUACUGCCUCGUGCUCAGGAUGUGAGAUGGCCACACUGUAGCUGCAGUGUGAGGUCUGACUGCAAAGCAAGUCAGAAGCAAGGCAAGGGGUAAGCUCUACUAUGGGAGAAAUAUGACACCAUUUCUAAAUUAAAUGGAAGUCCACCAAACUCAUUAAUAAUUAGAUUUGGAAAUUUGGACAGUCUUUGGAAUGAACAUAUGUGCUUUUGUGGGAGCUAAACAUUGUUAUCAAUUUGGAAAAUACUUGAGCUGAAAACAAGAUUAUAUGGCAUUUACUGUUGGAAAUAUUUUUGCCUGUAAAUUUUUACAAUGAAUUUUGAUGGCAGAUGCAGUGUCAGCAUCAGUACCUUCCCAUUUUCACAUUUUUGGAGCAAUUCUUUUGUUGUCUAAAAUUUGUGUUUGUGUUCUUGAUUUAUUCUCUUUUCUCCCCAAUGGCACACUCCUGCAAACUCCCAAUGGCCCUGAAAAGCUACCUGUGGCAGUCACUGGACCAUAGAGGUAAGGGAUACUCUGUACUUUAAGGUACUGGUGCAAAAUUUCUGUCACCUCUCCAACUCACAAAGAUUUCUGAAAUGCAAACCAUCAGUUUUAAUAUAGUGAACCAGAAGAAGAAAACUUCAUUGAGGGAGACAUUUUCAUGUAGGUAUUGAGUACAGAUCACUCUUACACAUCCCAAUUCUAACAAAAAGUGUGGGGUAAGAUCAGAGAAUGAGGUUUGAGGGGAGGCCUUUUGGCCUGAGCUGUUCUAGCUUGAAACUAAAACAGAAUGCCUUUUUGCUGAACUCAGAGUUGUAUUGAGCCCUCUACUUACAACACUUUUCUGGAGGAAAAAAAAGCUUAGCUGUUUAUAGCAGUCUUUAAAAUCCUGGCUUCUCACUUGUUUGUAAGGCAGACUGACUUCCUUCUGAAGCUGAAUUCUCAAUAACAGUUAAACAUCCUUUUAAUUUUCCCACUGAUGUGCAUGCCUGCCUGCCUUUAAUGGUAGUGAGAGGAACCCAUGGGCUUCAAGAGGAGAGCACCUGAAGGUGUGAAGAGCAAUAGGAUUGGGAGGGUAGAGGGGUGGUACAGCCUGGCACCUGCAACACAGUCAAGUAUGAUUUCAAUUAUGAAUGGAGGCAAAAAAACAAACAUCCAGAUACUGUCACAAACUUGUUAUUUAAUCAUUAUCUCUUAUUUUUGUUUCUUCUUUUCCUCAGCUGUUGAAAUAUUUUUAAAACUUAUUAUUAAAAAUGUUAAAGCAGUCCCUAAACAUCUUGAUCAUUUUAACUGGAACAUUCAGCAAUGUUUAUUGUUAGAAGGAGCCAUCAAGAAUGUUCUGGUUUUUUGGUCUCUAAUUCAACUGCUAGAUUUUGUAGUACAUUUUGUAGUAGAUUUCAGACUACUUUGUCCUGAUAGUAGUUCUUGAGGGAAGAGUCACAGGAGCAUUUCCUUGUCAGUGAAUCACCACCACCCAUUGAAGAGAUGUCAUCUGAGAGCAAGGGCAUUAAAAUAAGAGGUGGCUUCUUACAGUAGUAGCAACAGUGACGUAUAUUCCUCUCUUGGAACCCUGUGGCCCUUGAAGGGCCCUGCUCAGACAAACUGUGACAUGUGAGUUGUGGAGUUCAUGCAUUCAGAGCAGUGCUGGUCUCUGUGGACAUUGUGUGGCUUCUAAACCAGUGUAUUUUACAGAGGGUAGGUGGUUUUUUAUUUGCCUUGGGUGAGUAGGGCAAGUGCCAACUGUCCUACAGUGACAUGGAUUAGUUUAGCCUUAAGAACUUAUCACUGCCCCUCCUUAAAUUCAAGCAGGGUUUCUUCCUUUCUGCAGACUAUGCAGAAAUCUUAUGCACGAGUAUCUGCUUAUAUUAUGUCUACCUGAAUAUGGCACAAUUAUUAGUGCUGGCAAGCUUAGUUCUUAUGUGGUGUGACUGAAGUAAUGGAUGGGCCUGCUACAUGCAGGAUCGGGUUUUGCUGUUCAGGCUUAUGCUGGAUUGAUAUAGAUACAUGGUCCUUAUGCUAAGGAAUGGGCCAGGAGUCAGGAAAGUGACUGGAACUGCUCCUGUAGGAAUGAAGAUCAGGAGACAGCUCUUCCCAGACAAAGGGCACAGCUGUCUCAUAGCAAGAAGGAUUAAUUCAUUUCCUUGGAAGCAUCUACUGGCCGAGCUGGCAUAAAGGCCAUACUCAGGAGAGCAGAAGCAGUAAUACCAUACCACUGAAGGAAUACCUCAUGGACAUUCAGGGAUGUAAUUAAUGUCAUCCUUUUCUCUCUUGUAUCUGAGAACAAGAGUCUUGCCCAUUGUAUCAAUAUAAUUUUUUCUGUGUUUUGCAAACCCUGUGGACACUGACUGCAUGCUGAGGGUCUAAAGUGGAUUGCUUUUUAACUUUUGGUCCAUUUCCAGAGUGUGAAUUUGAAUGGAUUUGCAGAAUGAACUAGAAGCAUAUUAUCAUAGCUUUGAGAUGUAAUCUCUAGGCCAUAGUACAAGCAAGGAGCAGGGCUUUGAACCAGUUUUGAUGGUCGAUUUUGCAAAUGGCUUAUUAUGACAUUUUAAGAAAAUUUCUAAGCAGCUGAAUGUAUUAGGGAAUAUUUACAAAAAAAGGAGAUAGAGCAAUGAUCUUUUUUUACUAUACAGCUAGUUUGCUGUCCUUUCCAGUAAACCACCAGGUUCAUUAGUGCUCAGUACUGUUUCGUUUAUGAUAAAUGUUUUUAAUGUGAUUUUCAUGACAAAGUGUAAUUAGUGAAGCAUUUUAUUCAAUUUUCCCUUUAUUUGCUUUUUUUAAGGAGAGGUUUCUCCUUAUAUAGUAUAUAUACUUUCUUACAGAGCUUUCUUACCUAUUUUUAUAUAAGAUGAUUUAACAAUGUGAAAUUAAAUGCUCUAUGAGCAAGCUAUAUCACUGUUAACGCAAUCAAAAGUGCUGAUAUAAUGACUAAGGGCCUGAACCUUCUGCCUUUUACUCAGGUCCUGGUUUAACCAGAUGUCUUUCAUGCUGUGUAGGACCUUUCCCUGUAAGCACUUCCAUCUAUUCCUGGGGAUGUCUCAGAGAAAGGCACUAUUAACAUGAAUAACAGUGGUAAAACUGAGCCUCCUCUCCAUUCUUAGUGGAACAUCUGUCAUGAGUAAAGGCUGCUGGCUCUGUCCCAAAAUGUAGUUUUAGAUUAUAGUUCCCUUGAUCUUCAGUGAUUUUGAACUUGUUUUUCUGGUGACUAUAAGCUAAUAACUGAUCUUAGUGAAUACAAAUAUUGAAUUGUGCUGUUACCAGCAAGAUUAUUAAAAUGUGUUUCACAUUUUAAUUCAUUCUUUCAUUGGGAUAUAAGGAGUUGGAUUUGUGAAGCAUUAUAUUGCAUAGAGAUAGCACACAUUCACCACAUUUCUAAAAGGUCUGAAAUAUACAGUAUGUAGCAUUUUCUUGCAUACUUUUAUACUGCCUGUACGUCACCGAUGCACUCGGUGCCUUCCUUCUUUUGUAUGAAACUUAAUAUGUAGAGAAACUGAAGUAAUGGUGUGUAAGCAAUGUCACUGCAACCGAAGAGAUGUCUUAAACUGAUUAUUCCUAGUCCAGGAGGUUUCAAAGGGCAGUUCAGUUUAACACAAUACAUUUCUCUGAAUUCCAAGUUUUCUCCUUUCCUUCCUCUCCCCCACCCCUCGUCCAAAAAACUUCCCCAUAUGGCUGUUUAUUCUUAAUUGAUUCCUGUGUCUGAUGUAAGUCACAUGGUGUUAACCAAAGAACCAAACCUGUUUCUAAUUAUUUGGACAAAUAAUGUUUGGACUUGCAAUUACUUAAAGACAAAAGUUAGAUGAUGGGUCUCUGUUAAGAAAUAUAAUAUAGGCUUCUAUAAAUGUGACUCCCAGCUGAGAAUUCCAAAUACCUCUUUUCUGGCUGGAUGUGCAUUGUUGUAUCAGUAGCAAAGUGUUUGGGUUGUGUUUCUUGGUGCAUUUUAAUCAAAAUCCUAUCACAAACAAAAAUAUCAGUCAGUAAGUGCUGUUGGAUUAGCUUGGUUUACCAUGCUCUACCUAUAUCUCAAGUGUGCUGCUUUAAGAACAGAUUUGGCUUUCCUGUGUCUGAAGUCCUGAUGUUGUACAAUAAUUAUCUGGUGUAUGCUGGUCUCGUAGGAACAGGCUGAUGCUGCAUCAUAUGUACCUUUCCUACCAGUGUCCCUUCAUUGUACAACUUCUGUAAUAUAACACAGGUUUCAACUACUGUUUCAACCUAAAAUUCCUUAAAUUUCACUGCAUGUGUAGCCUUAAACAUCUAAGACACCAAGCACAGUUUCAAUGGGAAUAAAUUAUAUUUGCAAGUCCUGUUUGUCUCAGACGUCAUGGGAUUAUUUUUAUAUAUCAGUCAAAGACUGUAGAAAAUGGGUACAUUGCAGUUGUGUUAUCAAUCAUGCUCCUAAUUAUAUGCACAAAAAAAGGCAUUUUUGCUAAAUGUUUUAGAGGUGAAGCAUCAGUGCUCAUUUCCUUUCUUGAAUUUAUUUUUGUUUUCAUAUAUUCAUUUCUGUACAGAACCUUGGUGCCCUUAACUAAUACCUGUGACUGAUUCGCACAGAUUUUCAGUAUUCCUUGAGCUGCUUUUCUUUUUUGUUCCUUUUUAAAAUUGAAUAAGCAGUAAUUAAAAUUCCCCUAAAAAAAUUCCUUUUUUUUUUUUAACAUUUUGACAGCAACAUAAUUAGAGCAAAUGACUGUUUGCAGCUGUUUAUGCAGCUUAUUAAAGCCUGAGAACUUUGUUUGAAACUGUCAUUAUAAUGCAGAUGAAGACAUACGUUUCAUGGUUUCAGUCCACAUCAGGUGAAGUCAGGAGCUCUGGCGAUGAAUGUGCAGAUCUGCACGUGGUGUGUCAGACUCUGAGUCCCCAGAGGGAUUUAUAAUUAAGUGUCACACUGUAUCUACAGUAUCUCCAGUUGAGUGUUGUCAGAUACUUGUUGUUUUGGUUUCUUUCUUAUUACCUAGCAAAAAACUACUUUUAUCAUUUUUGUGCUACUGUGUAUUAAUCUUGAGGGUUUCCAGUGUGCAAGAUCAGUUUAAUGUUGUCAGUUCUCUUUCUGUAAAAAAACCCUGGACUUUCAGCAAACGCAUCCCAUUCCUGUUCUGGGGAGAGCCAGAAUGCCACCAGCUGGUUUUAGUUGUAUUUACCUGUACAGCACAGGUAACUUCAAUCCCAUGUUAGUUUGAUUGAAACAUGCUGUAGUAUAUUUUCACACCUUGGAUCUAUCACAACAUUAAAAUAGUCAUUUUGCAUAUCUGAAACUUUGCAGCUGUGGAUUUGUAUUUUGUUUAUCUCUGUGAAAUGUAUUUUUGUCAGUUUGACGACUUUGGAUAUUCAAAGUAUUUUCUGUACGUGAAAUCAGCUUUUUGCAUGUGAAUUUAAUUGCUGGAAAGUAUUUAAAAAAAAAAAAAGGAAAACUCACUUUUAAAACCUUUUGUUGUCACUUUCCUUUGGAUUUCAUUACCUUGUAAACAAAAACAGACUUCACUGUUCAGAAGAUAGUAACGUUUGGUCAACCUUUGGAACCGCUGUCUGCAUUAAAGAAAAAAAAUCUUGGUAAUCCUAGCCCUCACACACAUUUUGGCUCUGUUUACAAAUUUCCUAAGUUUCCCUGACUCCCUUUCUGUCCCCUACAGUCUUUGUUGAUGUCAUGAACCUUCUGCUUAGAGAACUUUAAAUUAACCAGUGUGACAAUGUUCUAACAAAUACGAUGUGUAUACUGGCAAAUAAAGACACACUCAGGUGAUCA